CGGAGCGGUUACGUGACGUCCACACUGUUUGUGCACGGGAGGAGCGCCUCAAUCUGCCGAUGCAUGAACUCACACUCGCUGCUAGCACCAUAUCUUAGCUACGUACAAACACCGGCGCCACGGCCAGCCUUUGCUGUAGAAGCGCUGGGAUUGGACCAACGUCAGUCAUGCGGAUACCGCUCCGAUGAACCGCUUUUCUGAUUGCUGAUUUGCAUACUCCACCAAUCUUUCCUGUCGCACGCAAGGCACCAGAUCUCCGCGGCCUCGCGGCGCAGGUCGGGCGUUAUGAAGAGGAGCCGCCACCCCAGCAGCAGCGAGGACUCCGACGAUGGAAGCAACGGUACAGCCUGGUCCCUGCGCUCAAAGUCCCCCCUCAGAGGGAACACCUGGAGCCGCUCGGAGGGGAGGAAGCCCUCAGAGGUGUUCCGCACUGACCUCAUCACCGCCAUGAAGCUGCAUGACUCGUGCCAGCUGAACCCGGAGGAGUACUACGUGCUGGCGGACCCCUGGAGGCAGGAGUGGGAGAAGGGGGUCCAGGUGCCCGUCAGCCCCCACUCCAUCCCACAGCCCGCCGUCCGGACCGUGGCGGAGAGGGGGCGGGCCGUCACCUUCACCAAGCCCAAGAAGCUGAUCCGCAUGCCGGGCAGCGAGCCGCCCGUGCUGGGCUACGUGGACAUCUGCACGCUGGCGGACGCCACCUGCCGCUACGACCUGAGCGAGGGGGACGUGGCCUGGCUGGAGCUGGCCAAUCAGGAGUUCCGCGAGAUGGGGAUGAAGACGCUGGACGAGAUCACCAUGGAGAGGGUCAUGGAGGAGUUUGAGCGCCGUUGCUACGACAACAUGAGCCACGCCAUGGAGACGGAGGAGGGGCUGGGGAUCGAGUACGACGAGGACGUGGUGUGCGACGUCUGCCGGUCGCCCCACGGCGAGGACGGCAACGAGAUGGUCUUCUGCGACAAGUGCGACAUCUGCGUUCAUCAGGCAUGUUACGGGAUAAUGAAAGUUCCGGAAGGCAGCUGGCUGUGCCGGAUCUGUGCCCUGGGCGUGCUGCCCAAGUGCCUGCUCUGCCCCAAGAAGGGCGGAGCCAUGAAGCCGACCCGCAGCGCCACCAAGUGGGUACACGUGAGCUGCGCCUUGUGGAUCCCGGAGGUGAGCAUUGGAAACCCAGAGAAGAUGGAACCCAUAAUGAACAUUUCUCGCAUCCCCAGCAAUCGCUGGGCCCUGCAGUGCUGCUUGUGUAAAGAGAAGACUGGAGCCUGCAUCCAGUGCUCGGCCAAGAACUGCCGGACGGCGUUCCACGUCACCUGCGCACUCCAGCGCAACCUGGAGAUGAACACCGUCCUCACCGAGACGGACGAGGUCAAGUUCAAGUCCUUCUGCCCCAAACACUCGCACUGCGCGGAUGGUGGGGCAAAGCCUGGCCAGAAGGAGGAGGAGGAGGAGGAGGAGGGGAGGAGGAGGAGGGCGCGGGGUGGCGACAGGGCCGUGGCGUCCCAGGACGGCUCGCCGCGGCGCUCCCUGGCCCCGCCCGCGCCCACGCCCGCAGUACCCGGCGUCGGCCUGCAGGAGGCGCCAGAGCUCAGCCAGCGCAAGCUGAAGCUGCAGCAGCUGAACGACGAGUUCUUCACGCUGGUGCCCGUGGGCGAGGUGUCGCGCCAGCUGCAGCUCCCCGAGGAGACGGUGGACUUCCUGUUCCAGUACUGGAAGCUGAAGAGGAGGGCCAACUUCAACCGGCCCCUGCUCACCCCCCGGAAGGACGAGGAGGACGACCUGGCCAAGCGCGAGCAGGACGUCCUGCUCCGCAGGCUCAAGCUUUUCACACACCUCCGGCAGGACCUGGAGAGGGUGCGGAACCUGACCUACAUGGUGACGAGGCGGGAGAAGAUCAAGCGGUCCAUGUGCCGGGUGCACGAGCAGAUCUUCCACCACCACGUCCGGCUCCUGGAGGAGAAACGGCUGUCCGGAGUGUCCUCUUCGGCCUGCCUGGAGGACGCGCUCUUCUUCAGCUGGGUCUCCUCCCUGGUGUCCAAGCCCAAACGCCCGCAGGCGGAGCGGGCUUCACACAGGCGGGAGUGGAGGAAAGGGGGGGCCCGGAGCGAGCCGCCGAAACCCCCCCACGCCGCCGCCGACGUCGCCAACGCCAGAGCCCCCGCCAGCUACAGACCGGAGGGCAGGAAGACGACGCCGGCCCCGCCGAAACCCGCCAUUCACAGGGAGGCGGGGCCUAAGGCGGGGGAGGGGCCUGUGACCAGGGCGGGGCCGGAGUGCCCGAGGAGGAGGGGCGGCCCCCGGGGCGAGGAGAGGCGGGACGGUCUCAGGGAGAGGGCCCCGCCCAAGGCCAAACCCCGGCCGAAUACAGCCGAGGCGCCGGCCAAUAAGCUGCCAGAUAAGAGGGCCGUCGUCGGGGCGCUGCUGGCCCCUGGGGUGGGGAACCUGAACCCCUGCGUGUCCCUGGAGAGGCUGCCCAGGUGCAACGGCUCCCUGAGGAGGGUGGGGUGCGGCCCGAACAGCCCCGUGCCCCCCCCCAGCCCGGGCACCUCGCCCGCCUCCAGCACGGGCACCGCGCCCCCCUCCAGCCCGGCGGCCGGGGGGGGCCACGGCAAGAACUGGGGCAGCUUCCGCAUCCCGAAAAAGAGCGUGAGGCUCCUGCGAGCACACCCGCCGGGCCCCAACGGGACUCCGCCCCCCGCCCCGGGCCACGCCCACACCCGGGCGCCCCACGGGCCCGUCCCCGCCCCCCAGCCCGGCCGCUCGGAGAGGGACGCCAAGGGGAAGAAGUGCCACGCCCAGCCGCCCCGUGGCCACGCCCCCAUCACGCGCCGCUACGGCACGGACUUCCUGCGCCCGGGGAUCCUGGCAUCCUGAGAGGACUUGAACCCCCCCACUGCCAAAAAAAAAAAAAAGACCCAGACCCUUUUUCACCUUUCAUGUUAUUACUAGAUUUUAAUUU